AUGCUCGGAGAGGGGUUGAUUAUAAGCAAUUAUUUCUUACUGGGACUCAGGCCCAUCGACACCUACCCUGAAAGGGCGCGAUCCUACUUCACAUAUUCAGCAUACCUGUGGACUCCGAUAACGAUGUGGCUAGCGCGAAUCAGCAUCCUGACGGCGAUGAUUCGAUUAGUCCCCGCCGGCCGCAACCAGCUCAUAACCAAGAUCUCCACCGUCGUCUUCUGGCUCAUGAUCACCACCAUCGUAUUCACCAGAAUCACCAUGUGCGGCGUGCCCCUCCCGCAAUUCCUUGCAUGCCAUCCACAGCCAGACUACGAAGUAGGACUUAGUCUCGCUUUUGGCCUUAUCGGAACGGCGUGGCUUGUGGGUUGGCCCUUGUAUCUCCUCUCGCGGAUGAAACUUGCUGCGUUUGAGAAGAAGAUUAUUCAAGCCUGUUUUGCGAGCGGCGUUUCUUUAAUCGCGCUCGAUAUCGCCCACGCCACUGCUCUUCUAAUGGUGCGAGCCUCAGCGUACAAGAAGCACUACGAGGCGCUUAAUACCACGGGGAACCUCAUCGUCAUCGUCUCGGUCUUGUGCUGCAACAGUCUCGUCCUUGCCACCUAUGUUUACCGUCUAUGGCGUCAACGGAAACAACGACAAGCUGAAGCCGAGGCAGGGGAAGAGUCGUCCUCGGAGCCAGAGUCCUCCUCAGAGAAAUGUGCGUAUUCCCACCUCCCUCAGCCACCUUAUCGUACAUCCGUCCUGAUUCCCAUCUCCUCGUCUAAAGAUACCACAGAGAGAACAGGUCCUACAGCCACCACACAUGGAACGACGAUGACAACUUUUGGGACGCAUACAACAGGUAUCUACACGUCCAUUGGGGACCUCACGUCUAUCCAAACCAACGGCGCCAACAACUUCUCGAGUGCCAAUACCUAUUCAGUAUCUGGCGCGACGCCCCCACAGGAUACAUCGACAAAGGGUGCUCCUCUUGUCGUCAGCGUAUCAUGA